CUAACGCCGUUAUUGACCAACAACCCCUCAGAAUUUAAAAGAGACCCUGAUGAUCAACAUUCUCACACAAGCCGCUGUUCUCUCUUCCCCUCUCUUUCUCUCUCUCUGAGAGUAGCUUCAUCGCCGGCCGGCGAUACCUCACCAUUUCUUUGAUUUUGGUAGAUUGAAGAUAGUUUUGGGUUUCUUUUCGGACUUUCUCAGGCUCCCACGUCGCAGCAACACUCCUGCGGUGUCGCCAAAUUCUUUCAAGAUGGGAGAAAUGGCAUCGGGAGGCUUCCAGUUGGGUGUUAUCGGCGCCCUAUUUCUUUCGGUCGCAUCAUCCGUUUCCAUUGUCAUCUGCAACAAAGCCUUGAUGAGCAAUCUGGGCUUCCCAUUUGCUACCACACUGACUAGUUGGCAUCUAAUGGUAACAUAUUGCACUCUGCAUGUGGCGCAUCGCCUCAACUUUUUCGAGAACAAGCCGAUCGAUCUCAAGACUGUCAUUCUCUUCGGCAUUCUUAAUGGUGUUUCCAUAGGCUUCCUCAACUUAAGCCUCGGAUUUAACUCCAUUGGCUUCUACCAGAUGACCAAACUUGCAAUCAUACCCUUCACUGUACUGCUGGAAACCAUUUUCUUGAAAAAGCAAUUCAGCCAAAAUAUUAAAUUCUCUCUCUUACUCUUACUUGUCGGAGUUGGCAUCGCUUCUGUGACUGAUCUUCAACUCAAUUUUGUGGGCACAAUCCUUUCUCUUCUAGCCAUAGUCACAACCUGUGUUGGCCAAAUUCUGACAAACACAAUACAAAAGAGGCUGAAUGUGUCUUCCACCCAGUUGCUGUAUCAGUCUGCGCCAUUUCAAGCUGCCAUUCUCUUUGUCUCCGGCCCCUUGGUGGACAAGUGCCUCACCAAGCAAAAUGUCUUUGCAUACAGAUACUCUACUAUUGUGUUGGGAUUCAUCAUCCUGUCAUGCUUGAUAGCAGUAUCAGUGAAUUUCAGCACAUUUCUGGUGAUUGGGAAGACAUCACCAGUGACAUAUCAAGUGUUGGGCCAUCUAAAGACAUGCCUUGUGCUUGCAUUCGGGUAUACAUUGUUGCAUGACCCAUUCACAUACAGAAACAUCAUUGGCAUACUGGUGGCCAUCCUUGGAAUGCUCGUCUACUCUUAUUUUUGCACCCAAGAGAACAAAAAGAAGCAACUAGGGGACCUCUCUGCUGCCUCUCAGGUUAAGGAGAAGGAGGCGGCGGCACUUUUGGUGGGGCAAGAGAAAGAUGGGCAUCAUCAUGAGGUGAAGAAAUCAGCCAAAGACUCCCUCGUUUAAUUUGAUGUGUAAAUCAAUCAGUCUGAAUUUUUUGAAAUAAAAAUUAAGCAAUUAUUUCUUGAUUCA